CUCGAUCGGUCGCCGCGCAUGCGCAGCCGGUCCCGCGAACUCGAGUGAUCGGAUCACGCUGGCACGCUGCUUCCUUCGUGCAGUAUGGCCCGCUCGAUUCCGGUUGUGCUCGUUGUUACCACGUUUGUGCGGCAGACUCUCCGUUCACCCGCAGGCACGACGCACGGCGAAUAAUCACCGGCAGCCAUGGACGAGGAAUGGGAUGUGGACAACGUCGAGGCGAAAUUCGACCUCGCGAUGAGAUCGAACAAGUGGGAGGGCGAGGACGAAGAGGAGGAGGUCAAGGACAGCUGGGAAGAUGUGGAAGAGGAGAAGAGGGACGUGGAGAAACCAGGCCCUCUCGCGGAGGCCCCGAAGGCAAAGCCGAAACCCAAAAAGGCACUAGCCGAGAGAAUCGAGGAGCGUGAGAAGAAGGCGAGGGAGGAAGCCGAGAUGAAGGCGAAGGAAAAGGAGGAGGCGCUCACGCCGGAAGAGAGGCGGACCGAAUUGCUGAGGCGCCAGAGGUUGCAAGAGGAGGCGGACUUGCGGCUGGCGAUGGAAACUUUUGGUGAGACAGAGGAAUCGCCGAAGGAGUCCCUCGACGCUGCGGUACCCGACACGAAAGAGGAAUUUGAGCAAUUUGGUGCAGCGCUCUCGCAAAAAAUUAAUCAAUUUAACAAACACGCCGAGUACCCACCGUUCGCAGAGGAACUUAUAAAGUCCAUUGCUCUUAAUCUAUCGUCACAUUACUUGAAGAAGGUGAAAACUAUAGUCGACAACCUACUCAUCGAAAAGCAGAAGAUGGAGAAGGGCGACAAGGCGAAGAAGAACAAGGGCAAGGGGAAGGCCAAGCUCAAAAUCGAGGGUGACAACACCUUGUUGAGCGAAUACGGUGAUUAUGUAUAUGACGAGUUUAACGAUUUUAUGUAGCGACUUUUCAGACACUCAUACAUUCUAGUCGCCUAAAUACACGCAGAAGAAUCAUUAAUUUGCAGAAAUUUAUACAGAAACUUUAUAUUUGUAUUUUCUGCAUACUGAAUUGUAACCAAACUGUACAACGGUUUAAUCUACAAUCCAUGAUAACGUUUCACACCUAACAAGAGAAAAAGAAAAUAGAAGUGAAAGGUAGCAUUAUAUAACAUUAUCGGCGGAAAUGCUUAAAAAAAAAACAGACACUUUCCAAUGACCGCGUGAUGGGGGAUCGUAUUCGCGCGCAGUUACUACAGAACAGUUGAAGGUUCCACGACUCGCUGUUGAGUUUUAUCGGAUUCUUAUCCGCGCGCCUUUCGUCGGACUUUCAAUUUUUCAUGUUGAUGUCAGUAACGAUUUUAGCUUGGAUAAAAACAUCGAGGGUAUCUCGCGCGACGCACGCGCGAUUCUAACUUAUUGAUUUUGCGUACAUUAACAUUUGGGGAUAGAACAUUUACGCGUCCUUUUGAGUUAUAACCCGUAUCCUAACUUGUUAAAAAAAAAAAAAGAAUAAUGGAAUGAAGAAACUCCCGUCUCUUUACAUAGCUGCGUCGCGUGUCGCAGACUAAAAUCGCGUCAUUAUAUCAUAGUAUAACUAGUAGGUCUACUCCGUCAUUUGUUUCGUUUUGCGUCGAUUCCUUCCGACAUUGUUCUGCGCAGACAAAUGAGAGAAAAGUUGUAUGUGUGGUAGUGUGGCUUUGACGAGUACGUACACACGCACGUCGCUGGAUCCCGUGGUGUAUGGCGGAAUACCGUGAUCGGUACCGCAAAGACCAAAGGGGUCCGGCGAAGAGUGAACCUACUAGUUAUACUACGAUUAUAUUGUGGAAGUUUUAUAUAACACAGCUUAUAUAUUCAUAAUGCAUACACACACAUACACACACGUACUUUUAUUGAAGAUCGAUUAGAAGUUGGUUUUGAAAAGAGUAUAUUCCUAAAUAAAGGUUGAUUAUAAAUUACGCCUCUAUGAUUCUUGCUCAUAGUUUAAUACGAUUGUACAUUCACUGCGGAGAGAAAUAUCUUUUGUAUUUCGUUCCGAACUGCGUUUUCUCCACUUGUAAGUGGAGUAUAUAUCUCUUUCGGCUGUUGAUAUAAAAAAAAAGAGAAGAAAACGAAAGGAGGAAGAUUAUCUAAAUCAGCCUAGAGAAAUCGCGCCCCUGCGCGAUAUGCAUGCGGGAACGGGCGAUACGAGGGAGAGUAUCGCGAGAAUAAAAUGUUCAUUAAUCAUGUAAGAGGAUGCGGCAUUAAAUAUCUGGGCUCUAGAAGAUAUCAGGAGACUAUUUUCCAAGAUUGAGCGAGCCACGCGAGCGGCUUCCUGAGAUCUCUUUCCUCGGGUAUUUACUGCUGCGCGGAAAUUGAUAUUGAUUUAAUAAAUCAUUCAUUUGAGA